AAACGGACAGGCGGCUCCUACCGAGUGCGCUUAACCGAACGGGUCUUCCCUCUGCUGGGGCCCCAGGUGGCGCCGCCCUUCCCCGAGGAGGUUCCCAGCGCCUCCCUGCCAGGUGCGGAGCGGGCGGCGCCCCCCACCCAGGAGCCCGGAAAGGGGCUAACAGCGGAGGCGGCCCGGGAAUUGUCGGAGUCGCCCUGCCGGGAGGCUGGGGUGAGCCCGGGGAUGCGCGGGAGGGAAGGCGCGGAGUGGAGGGCAGAUGGCAGGGAGGGUCCCGGGCCCGGGCCCAGCCCCGCGAAGCCGGCUGGCGCGGAGCUGCGUCGGGCGUUCCUGGAGCGCUGCCUCAGCUCGCCCGCUUCUGCCGAGUCCUUCCCCGGGGGUGCCGCCGCAGUGGCUGCAUUCUCCUGCGCGGUGGCUCCAGCAGCCGCACCGACCUCAGGGGAGCAGUUCCUGCUGCCGCUCCGGGCACCAUUCCCAGAGCCCGCGCUCCAGCCAGGCCCCGCGUCCCUCUCGGCCACCCUGCACGGCCUGAAGCGGGCCGCCGGCGGCGAGCGCCGCGCCAAGGUACCUCCGGGCUGUGCGUCUGGACCUGCGGCUGCGGGAAUCAAGAAGCCAAAGGCCAUGAGGAAGUUGAGCUUCGCCGAUGAGGUGACCACAUCCCCUGUCCUGGGCCUGAAGAUCAAGGAGGAGGAGCCUGGAGCGCCGUCCCGGGGCCUGGGGGGCAGCCGCACGCCGCUGGGGGAGUUCAUCUGCCAGCUGUGCAAGGAGCAGUACGCAGACCCCUUCUCGCUGGCCCAACACCGCUGCUCCCGCAUAGUGCGCGUCGAGUACCGCUGCCCCGAGUGCGACAAGGUCUUCAGCUGUCCUGCGAACCUCGCCUCACAUCGCCGCUGGCACAAGCCUCGUCCCGCAGCGACAAACGCCACCACAGUUUCCUCCACCGACGGGAAGCCGACUCCGUCGUCGUCUUCGUCCUCCCCGGACUCGGGGGCCAUUGCAUCUUUCUUGGCAGAAGGGAAGGAGAAUAGCCGGGUAGAGCGGACUGUGGAUCAGCACCAGCAAACUAGGGACAGCUCCGGGCCGGAUCAGCACCAGGACAGCGCCCCGCGCCAGGGCCUCCAGGUGCUGAUGCAUCCCGAGCCACCGCUGUCACAGGCCCCCUUCACAGAGGGGGUGUUGGGGCGCCAGGUGCUUGGGCCGGGCAGUGCCAGUGGUGGCGGGGGAUCCGAGAUCUUUGUGUGUCCAUACUGCCACAAAAAGUUCCGUCGCCAAGCUUAUCUACGCAAGCACCUGGUCACUCAUGAGGCGGGUUCGGCCCGUGCGCUAGCCCCAGGCUUUGGCUCCGAACGUAGCGCCCCACUCGCCUUCGCUUGCCCGUUGUGCGGGGCGCACUUCCCGUCCGCAGAUAUCAGGGAGAAGCACCGGCUGUGGCAUGCCGUCCGCGAGGAGCUGCUCCUGCCCGCUCUGACGGGGGCUCCUCUCGAAGCGCCGGGCCCAGGCGGGGCACCUGAAGGGAGUGCUCAGCAAAUUUUCUCGUGCAAGCACUGCCCAUCCACUUUUUUUAGCUCCCCAGGGCUGACCCGGCACAUCAAUAAGUGCCACCCCUCAGAAAGUCGGCAAGUAUUGCUGCUGCAGAUGCCUCUGAGGCCCGGCUGCUGAGGGCCGAGAGACCAGAAAGACUUCCCAGUUGGCCUUGGAGGAAACAGAUCACGGGAAUUUGUGGGGUUUUCUUCAAUUUGCGUUUAUUUUCUACCGUCCCUGUCUUCUCUCCUAAAACUCUCCUAGUAGACAAUGUUCCGCCAGAGAAGCGGGACAGUGAAAUGUAAAAUCCCUCUAGAGCAGGUAUGUAUCUGGUGUAAACAUUCUCGGUCAAAGACUGCCAGCUUUAAAUCCUUCUUACUUUCCUCACUAAAAUAGGAUUUUUCCCUCUCAAAAUUCUGGAGACCCUAACGAAUCCUAUAUGAUUGCUAAUUCCUAUGAAAAGUCACAGUGAAUGUGUGCAUGUCUCAAAGUCUACAAAGGUUGCCGGCUACCAAAAGUGGUAGUCACCAGUUUUUCUCUUGCCAUCAAAGGCGGCCGAUGUAGUUUCUGUCUCAAUAGGGUCAGAUAGGUAUCUUGAAUUGUAUAUUCUGUGAAUUAAGUUUUGUGAUUGGUGCCAAACUUACAGGGGGAAAAAAGAUUCAAGAACUGUGUACGUGGGAAGGAAAUGUAAGAGGAUGUUUGCUGCUUUUUGGGGGGUUUGGGAAUCUCCCCUGUAACUUUUCCUUUUCUCAAUUAUAUGUACUAGUCCAUUCUUAAGUCAGUGUUUGGAGGUGGGGAGGGUACUACUUUAUUGGAAGGAGUUGAGAUGCACCCAAAAUUCUCACCUUUAGCUUUUUUUUGUGUAGUAUUCAGGAAGAGCUACUUUAAACCUUUCUUCAAAUAGCUUUUUUGGAAAUAUAGAACUCGUUUCCUGAAGUUUGACUUUUAGUAAGGUUUCACCCAAAUUAUUUAAUGCUUCUGUUGUAAAUCUCAUAUUGUGUAUUAUAUAUAAAACUUAAGCUUAAGGAAGAUGUUAAAAUCUAUAAUCACUAUGGAACUCAAUAGCAAUUCAUUCAAUAUUCAAUAUUUUCUUUUCAGCAGCAACUUGUUUUGAACUUUUUUGUAAACCAUAUUCAGUGUACCUUCUGUACCUAUGCCCUAAUAGCCAGAGUUUGGGACACUGGUUGGGCAUUGCUUGACAGAUAGCCCGUACUUGUAAGAUGCUUACCACCAAAUAAAUGUACAUAGACCGUG